AUGUGUUUUGGUCUGAGCGAAAGCUUUGGAUUUUGGAACUGCGAGAAAAACACGGUAGAGUUACGAAAUGAACUUGGUCCAGGGAAGAUUCUGAGAGUGAAUUGCACAUCGAAAGAUGACGUGAUAGGGGUCAAGGAGGUGGCGUUCAAUGAUGCAUAUCACUUUAGGUUUAAGGAACACAGGACAAAAAGAACAAUAUGGCUUUGUCUCUUGAGGUGGAGAGGUCAAGAGGACUUGUAUCAUGACUUAUGGCCUGCGUACAGAGGAGGCAACACACGUCGAUGUGCUGAGAAACGCUCAUGGAUCUCUCUACCUGAUGGCAUUUACUUGGAGAAAAACAAGGAACCGCGAAAGUACGUUGAUAAAUGGUUCUCCAAGGGGAAUCCCCAAUUGCGACCAUAA